UUUACCUAGAAUUUAUAAAACCCUAUACAACUCCUUUCCCCUUGUUUGCUUUUCAAAACCACGGGAAUGCCUUUGGAGUUAAAUUUUACAAAAUUUUCAAUCUGAUUUUCUGCAAAUUUAAUCUUCAAGUGGUUGUGGUUGGUGGCUUUUGAAGUGAAAUUUUGCAAUUUCAGUCUUCUUCUUUGUGUGUUAUUCGACUGAGGUUUAUGUUCCAAAUCGAACAUGUAAAGAUGGGAGUGUUGUGAAUGAGAAGACGGCUGAAGUUGUGUUAUUCGAUUUUUUUUCUAUCUUUUUCAUUUAUAAAUUUAAUCCGUUAAAAUGAAACUAGCUUAACAGUUGAAGCAGGCAAAAAACUGCCCUGCCCUGCUCUGUUGUUAUCUCUACUAUUUAUUAUAGUAAAUAAUUUAAUUUAGAACCCAUAGUAUUUUGGUAAAUUUUUAUUAUAUUUAUAUUAUCUAACUGAAAAAAAAACCCACAAAACCCUUGAAAAAAGCUGCCUUCCAUUUGAUAUUAACCAAAAGAAAGAAAAAAUGCCUCCAAACCUUACUAAACCCAACAGUGGCUUCACUUCAAAGCCAUCGCCUCUCUGUACUUUUGUAUCCCUCAUAAUCCUCCUUAUUAUAGGUUUCUACACUCUCCAUUAUCCACCUGGAAAUCCCAAAAAAGUCCUUCUUUUCCAGCAAAUAUUCCUCUCUUCUGCCUCCAACUCCACCAUCGCCUCCUACCUGCGUUCCCUCACUUCCCACCCUCAUCUCGCUGGCACAAAGCCUUCCCUUGAAACCAUACACUAUGUCAAAACCCACUUUCAAAACCUUGGCUUGGAAACGCAUACGGUGCCGUUUCAGACCCUUUUGUCUUACCCCGUUCAUGCUUCAGUUUCAAUGCAUUUCGGCAACAGCACCGUGUUAAACUUGCCUUUAAACGAAAUGGGUAUUCCUAGUUAUCCAUCUUCAGGCUUGAUACAACCCUACCAUGCAUUUUCUCCGUCGGGAACGGUGCAUGGUAAGGUUGUUUUUGCGAACCACGGGAGGGAAGAUGACUAUCGCACGCUUGGGCUGAUGGGGGUUAAUGUUAAUGGCUGCAUAGUGAUAAUUAGAAAAGGUGGUAGUUUGAGUAGAGGGGCCGUAGUGAAAAUAGCUGAAAAAAAAGGCGCUUUGGGGGUGCUAAUGUAUGCUGAAGGGGAUGUUUCAAAGGGUAGCUUUGGGUCUGGAGUUGAAAGAGGGACAGUUAUGGAGGGAGUUGGUGACCCCUUAACUCCUGGAUGGGGUGCGGAUGAAGAUGGGGAGAGGUUGAAGUUGGAGGACAAGAAGGUUUUGGAGAGGUUUCCUGGAAUUCCAUCUCUGCCCUUACCUUUUGAGUCUGCUCAACUUAUUUUAGAUUCUCUUGAGGGACCUUUGGCACCUCAGGAAUGGAGGGAUUCCGGACGAUCUAAUUUAUCUCAUGUUGGAUCGGGUCUGGUUAUGGUGAAUUUUACUUACCAGGGGGAGAAAAAGUUGGCUACAAUUUAUAAUGUAGUCGCUGUCAUAAGAGGAUUGGAGGAGCCAGAUCGUUAUGUUUUGAUGGGGAAUCAUAGAGAUGCUUGGACAUAUGGUGCUGUUGACCCCAAUAGUGGGACUGCAACACUCCUUGAUAUUGCUCGAAGAUAUGCCCUUUUGAUGCGAAAGGGUUGGAAUCCUCGGAGGACAAUCAUUUUUUGCAGUUGGGAUGCUGAAGAAUUUGGAAUGAUCGGUUCCACGGAGUGGGUUGAGCAGAACCUUGUAAAUCUUGGUGCUAAAGCUGUGGCAUAUCUUAACGUAGAUUGUGCGGUGCAAGGGCCUGGGUUUUUUGCUGGCGCAACUCCUCAGCUAGAUAAUCUUAUUUUUGAGGUCACAAAGAAGGUCCAGGAUCAGGAUUCAGAGGUUGUAGCUACAAUAUAUGAAAAAUGGAAAACCAUGAACGGAAACAAUAUUCAAAGACUCAGUGGCGUAGAUUCUGAUUUUGCACCAUUCUUGCAACAUGCCGGGGUUCCUUCUGUCGACAUAUAUUAUGGAAGAGAUUUCCCUGUAUAUCAUACUGCAUUCGAUUCUUUCAACUGGAUGAUAAACAACGCAGAUCCAUUCUUUUGGCGUCAUGUGGCUGUGGCUGGAGUUUGGGGUCUUCUAGGCCUUCACCUUGCUGAUGAUCCAGUUCUACCUCUUGAUUACCUCUCCUAUGCUAAACAGUUGCAGGAGUAUAAAGACGCCUUCAGCAGAGUUUUGGAUGGUAACAUAUCCCUCACCCCCCUAGCCGCAUCGAUUCAAGAAUUUACAUCUGCAGCAAAACAAGCUAGCGAAGAAACAAAGAAACUAAUGGAGCAAGAAUUUACCAAUGAUCUUUUAGCUUUGAAGAUCCGAGCAUUGAAUGAUAGGUUGAUGCUUGCCGAAAGAGGCUUCCUAGAUACAGAUGGAAUUAAAGGAAGGGAGUGGUUCAAGCAUCUUAUUUAUGGACCUCGCAGCAACUACGAGAGUGGAUUGGAGUUCUUCCCUGGAAUAUCUGAUGCCAUGGCUGAAUCGAAGAACAUGACCCAAAAGGACGGGCAUGCAGCAAUUAAACACGAAAUCUGGAGAGUUGCUAGAGCCAUCCAAAGAGCCGCAGCUGCACUCAAAGGAGAACUUGUCUGAAAAAAAACUGAUAGCUGCAAGAGUGGAAGUUGAAAACUAGACAGAGAGAGAGAGAGAGAGGCAUAAACUUGUACAUAUAUAUGUUUUCUGUUACAUUUAUCUAUGUCGGUAGCCAUUACCGAGCGUUUGCAAAUUGUACUCAGUGGCGUUGAUCAUGAAUGUAGAAACUCUUCAUUAUAAUUGAUGGUUGUUGAAAUCA